ACUGUGAACCUCCUCGGUGGAUAAAGUCAUUUCAGUUGGAACUCCCUUUCAGCCGAGAUUGAUAGUCUCCGGCCCGGCAUUCCGCCGAAACGAAUGGCCGGCUGCAGCCGUAGCAGGAGACUGGUUGAUUUUCCCGGCUGUUGCAAAGACUGCAGGGAGGCCACACCAUGCUUCACCUGCCUGUGUCGGACAUUGGACCUGAUGACGUGCCUGCAGAGCAGCUGGCGCUACCUGACUCCGAGAGAGUCACGGCAAAGACACGGCAUGGGCCCAUCUUGGGAGGUCGUGUAAAGAAUGGCGUACAGGUGUUCCUGAACGUUCCGUAUGGAUUGGACGGCGGUCGCUUUGCAGAUCCUCGGCCCUUACCAGAAGACUUUGUGUAUGAAGAGGCUGAUUAUAUCACGGAUAGAUUCUAUGCACCUCCCCCCGACGUGUAUCCUCCAGAGUCGGAUCGCAAAAGUAGCGUAGGGCUAGGGAGGCCCACUGAAUCCCCAUUCUUCGCCAAUAUCUAUGUUCCGUCUUCAUAUCGUCUCGGAGUAGACCCCGCCAGGCUACCGGUCAAGGUGUUCAUUCACGGCGGUUUCCUCCAGGGAGGCAGUCCUUCAGGUAGCUCAACCUCACAGCAGUUCUUUGCUGCAGAACAGUGGAGCGAGAUUCGAGUCUUGCUCGGCUACAGACUCGGUGUUCUUGGUUUCCUGGCCUCAAGUUCACCCAAGCUUGAUGGCAACUGGGGCUUCAAAGACGCCUGGCUGGGUCUUGAGUGGAUACAGAGGAACAUACAAGCAUUUGGAGGGGAUCCCGGCAAUGUUCAUCUCUCAGGUCAUAGCGCUGGAGCUCACCUCGUUCAUAAUCUGCUCCAUCAUGCUGCUCGGCUGGCGCCAAUACAGGUGAGUCUUGACCUCGAAUGCCUGACCAGUGUCCAGGCCCCUUUCAGAACUGCCACCCUGCUAUCUAAUGCACUGUAUGAAGACCCCUUCACGCUGGAGGAUCAUCAGCCUCAAUUCGAAGCUCUCUGCAGGAGGUGCGCAAUUGACCCAACGGGAGCCAAUAUUCUGGAUCAACUGAGGGACCGGAAGCGCCUGCCUAUGGAAACGUUGUUCCAGCACGUUAGAGAUCUCGGCCUGCAAAGUAGCUUCGUCCCUGCAUCUGGCGGCUGGCUGUUCAACGACAUGAUGGGAUACCAGCAGAGAGGCGAUAUGGCUAGGGAACUACUGAAAGCCGGCGUCAAGUGUAUCAUCGUUGGAGACGCGAGAGACGAGCUCGAAGGUUAUAAGAAUGCCCAUGAGGUUUAUUCCGAGUCUGACAUCCUUCACAAUCUGUACCGUUGGAACCGUCCCCAGAAUGUCGAUAAAAUGUUUAAAACAUGGCCUGCGUUGCCGGCAACAGCAUCUCAGGAGCAGUUUCAACUACGCCUAGGAGAUUGCUUAGCCCAGAACCGGGUUCACCUACCCGUUCGACUCUUAGCCCAAGAUUUCAUCAAGGGCGGUAUGCCUGUCAUUCGAUAUACCGUCGAGAUGGUAGCACAGAACCUGGAAACAAAUGGUCUGGUGCCACAUGGUUCAGACCUCGCACUCCAUUUCCUCCGCUUGUCUGUCAUCACAAAAAGGGAGAUGCAAGUGGCUUUGGCCUUUCACGACGAGCUCCAGCGCUGUAUUGACGAGGCGCUGAGUGGCAGAGGGGCGUACCGGCAGCGUGAGCUACGGUCCGUGCUAGCUUUGGAAAGCGAUGGGGCCAUCAGAUGGAGGGACGAUUGGCGAUGGGAAAGGGUGGCAGAGCUCAGCAGGAUAGUCCGAGACGGUACAGCUGCGUAAGGAGUGAGUGUCGAAGAUGCAUCUCAUACCUCAUGUAGAUAAGUAUAUAUGUCCUU